CGGGCUAGCCCAUACUGGGCCCAUGCCGGCCCAGGAUGCGCCCCCACGGCCCGGAUGUUUGCCCGCUGGACACCGCGUGACGCAGCCUUUGUCGGUCAGGCCUCCCCUAGCCGCCCACUCCGCGCGUCCGAACCACCUGUUGGGCGCGCCCUAAAGCGACGUGCUUUGUAAUGCCAAGAGAGACGUGAGGAAACACAAACAUAUUUGAGCAAAGACAUAUGGAAAUGCAUUGGCAGGAAAAAUUGCAUCUGUUAGAGCUGAACACUUUCACACUUUAGCGGCUAUUAGUGUUGUCGGCUCGAGAGAAAUGUAUUCAAAGGUGCCCCACAACUCCUGGUCCUGGUGUUUCUCUGUUACUGUGUCGCUCACAGCUCACAGGUGAAUUCGACUACCGUCAAUAACUCACUACUAACCACGGCGCCUUACGGCUCGGAGCAGUAGGCAACCCGCCCCCACGAGUGCACAAGUGUAUAAUGAAAGGGAACCAAGAACGUUGGGCUUGGUUCCCAUAUGAUGCGCCAUGGCUGAAAGCAUUUAAUUAACGGUCAGGUAGUUGUCCAUCAUACCCCACCGCACACCCACUCCUGUUGCUAUGGCAACGCUGUUUUGAAAUGAGCGGAGCGGACACAGACGCCUCCUAGUAGACGGCCACGAAUGAGGUUAUGUGGCAUUGUUAUUGAUCGAUACAGAUUGUAAGAUGAAUGAUUUAUUGGAAUGAGCAACUUGAGGUGUCAUUGUCUCCAACGGACAAACUUUCAUGGUUUAUUUUCUGCUUAAAGACUGAUGCUUUUGUAACCUUUGACUUGGACCAUGAUCUGAAAAGGAAUGAUGGAAAACUACACAGUAACAGGUCAUAUAGGUGAAGGAGCGCAUGGACUUGUUUUGAGAGGAAGACAUUUACCCAGUGGCCGUGAUGUGGCUUUGAAAAAGGUAAAGGUGAGAAAACUAGAAGACGGGAUCCCAAUUAGUAUUUUACGAGAGAGCAAAAUCUUGAAAACUGUUGACUGUCGCUAUAUAGUAAAACUGUUAGAUUUCUUCCCUCAAGGUUUGGGUUUUGUUUUGGUAUUUGAAUUAAUGCCAUCUGGCUUGUGGGAAAUGCUACAUGAUGUAGAAAAUCCCAUUACCCUUGCUCAAGGAAAGAGCUACAUGCGCAUGCUCCUGAUGGGCUUGAAUUAUUUACACAAGAAUCACAUAAUGCAUAGGGAUUUAAAGCCAGCAAAUCUCUUGAUAAGUUUUGAAGGAGAAUUAAAGAUUGCUGAUUUAGGACAGGCCAGAUUAAUAUGGUCAGAUUCUAAAAAUGAGAGCCGGCCCUACACACACCAAGUUGCAACUCGCUGGUACAGGGCCCCUGAAUUGUUGUACGGAGCUAAGUUUUACACGCAGUCUGUUGACCUUUGGGCAGUUGGGUGUAUUCUGGCUGAAAUUAUAAUGAAGAGUCCUAUAUUUCCAGGAGAAACAGAUAUAGAACAAUUAGCAAUGGUAAUAAGUAGUUUAGGAACACCAACGGAAGAAUCCUGGCCUGGUUUGACAUCCCUCCCCGAUUACAAUAAAAUCACCUUUCCUGAGUCUCGACGAAUACCUUGGGAAACUCUUGUUCCUGAUUGUCCUCCAGAUGCUUUAAGUCUUAUUCAAGGUUUUUUACUCUAUGAUGCAGAUAAACGGAUAACAGCUCAAGAGGCACUGAGUCAUUCAUACUUUUUCACACCUCCUUUGGCGUGUCCUUUAAGUGAUAUGCCUAAACCAAAGGAUGGACACCGAAAUAAAUUUCGAGAUAGAGAAGUAAAGGCUGAUGUAUUAUUCGAAGAACUUUUUAAACAAUUAUCAGACUUUGUACCGUAACCGUAAUCAGGUUCAAUAUUUUAUUUGAAUUCUUUAAUUUUACUGCAUUACAAUUAUCACAGGCUGGUGAUUUCUAGUUAGCCUUAAUUCAUCGAGGGUAUUUUGUGUACUUUUACAGAGUAUGCUUCUGCACUGUACUUAAUGCAAAAAUAUCAUUCUGUCCAUUAAAAUUUUAAAAUUACAAACA